AUGCAAAAUUAAGAUUAAUUUUAAUACUUUGAACAAAUUACAAUUAAAUUUGUAACUUUCUUAUAAAGAUAGAGAGAAAAUUCUGUUUUAUCAUAUAAAACUAUUUAAGAUGUUGUUUUUACAUUUUAUCAAAUGAAACCAGAUAGUAUGCCAAAGUUCUUUUUAAAUUUAAUAAAUUAAAUAUAACAUUUAAAUAAAAUUGAAAUAGAAAAUAAUAAUAGAGUUGGUAUAUAGAUAGGAUCUUUAGAAUUUCGUACUUUAUAAGAUUUUAAUUUAUUUUAUAAUUUUGAAGAUUAAAUUGUUAAAUUAAUUGUAGAUUUACUUCUUUGUUGGAAAUAAUUAUGGUUAUAAAAAAUGUAUCAAUAUGUUUCUUAUGAGAAUAUGAUUUAAUUUUCAUAAGAAAUAAAAGGAAAAACAGAAUUAGUGAAAAGAGAAUUCAUGAAUUUUUAGAAUUAGAGAGAACUUCCUGCCUUAGAUACUAUAUUGAUAUUAAGAAAAACAUUAGUAAUUUCAUUAGUUUGUAUGGAAGAUAUUAAUAGUUGUAUAAAGAUAGCUCAAUAAAUAGAAUGUCAAGUGAAGGAACAAACAAAUUCUAAAAGUUAGUUUAUAAUUUUGAUAUAUAAUUAACAUUACAUAAUAAAUAAAAUUAAUAAUAAAUUUAACUGUUGUGAAUCAAAAUUCAACAUGCCAAAAUUUCUUUCAUAUAGGAAAAAUAUUAUAGGGAUAAUUUAACUAAUAAAUCAAUCAAAUUUAUUAACGUGA